AUGAGCAGCACAACCAGAAGAAGAACGCGCAAGGUGAAGAGCACCACCACCACGCCGCCAACAAUGGUGAAGAAGCAACAACCAUGCCGUCGAAAGCAAGAACGCGCAAAGCCCAGUCGAGGUCGCGGAAGCAAGAACCACGCGCAGAAGGAAGAAGAACUGAGGACCAGAGGAUUAGGUCAUGCCUUAGGUUACGUUACGGGCAGAGGUGUGGGCAGAGGAGAUCGUGAUGAUUACGAUGACGCUCCACAGCGUCGACGGCCUACCACAUCCGCACGGAGGCAGCGAGUACCUGUGACUGCGGCACACGAUGAGCCAGUGCUCCCUGCGCCAGAUGUAGAGGCUGAUGUAUUUUCGGAUGACCCGAUGGCACCAGCUGAUGUAGAGGACACUAGGGCAGACAUUCCUGCAGACACAGGCACCCAGGCUGCUGAGGAUGAGCAUGAGGGAUUUCCGGGUGGUCCGAGCGACCCAUCCGUGUUGACCCAAUAUACGGAUAUCGUUGCUUGCAAUGUAUGGACGGGAGAGGAGCAUCCUGAGUUGAAGUUAUCCUCUCACGGGAGGAAGGUCCAUAGUUUAGGAAGGUCUGUCCCUGCCAUUGAGGGACUAGUUGCUGGGACAGGACUAAGUCCUCUGAUUGUGUGUUCGUUAGACACUGGCGAUCGGGGACUUUUGUCCUCGUUUGUCGAGCGGUGGCACCGGGAGACGUAUAGUUUCCAUCUCCCUGUGCGAGAGGUACAAAUCACGCUGGACGACGUCUCGCCGCUUUUGCAUUUGCCCGUGGUUGGCGACUUACACGCCUUUCAGCCCUUGCACGUGGAUGAUGCAGUUCAGAUGCUGGUGGACUUAUUGAUGGUCUUUGCAGAGGCUGCCGGGCCUGAGGCAGGGCAGUGUCAUGGACCGUACGUACACCUACAAUGGGUACGUGAUAUCUACGAGCACCAAUGCCAGGCAGGUCAUUGGACAGCUGCAACCAAUGUUCAUGUUGUGUAUUUGGAGGCCCUUCGUGACCUUAGUCAGACCAGGAGGUACGCCUAA